AUGAUCUCCAAAGACUCAAUCCAGCAAGAUAUAUUUAAAUCCCUACCAUCAGAUAUUCUCACCGAUAUCUUGCUGAGACUCCCUCUCGAAAACAUUGCAACUUGCAAAUGCGUUUGCAAACCGUGGCUCGAUCUCAUUGAGAGUAACUAUUUCAUCAAGUCCCAUUUUUCUAAAUCCAUCCCCGCCCUUGUGGUCUCGAAGCCGACUACAAAUUCAAAUUGGUUCAAUGUUUUCAAAUUGGAAGAGAAGCCCAAGCGCAAGCAGAAUCCAAUCACAAAGUUUGAUUUCCCCCAAGCAUCAACAAUACAAGGUUCUUCAAAUGGUUUGCUUCUUCUAGAAAAUCCUUUUCAUCAUCAUCUUUAUGUAUGUAAUCCUAUCACCUGUGAAUUUGUUGAGCUCCGUGGCCGUCUUACUCGCCCUCGAGAAGAUUGUUAUGGAGUUCGAGUGUGCAAAAUUAAAUGUCAUCUUACUCGCCCUCGAAAAGAUUGUUAUGGAAUUGGAGUAGCAAAAUUAGCGGACAACAUAAGCUCUGUUGCUGCAUUUGCUAGUGGCAAUCUCCACUGGUUUGUUUCAAAUGGAACGGAGAUUCCUUAUAUUUGCUGCUUUGAUCUUGAGAAAGAAUGUUUUAGCACAUUCUCUCCACCACUCGAAUGUAUCAAGAAACCUAUCUUUAACAAGGGAAUGUUGUAUACUGUGGGGGAUUGUCUGUGUUUUUGUGAUGACAAACCAAAACAUGACUGUGGCGAUGAUUAUGUGAUGUGGUUGUUGAAGGAGUAUGAAGAAGGCGAGAAAUGUUGGUGCAAGAUCGAUCACGCCGCAGGCGAUGUCUCUGUCACCGUCGGAAUCGAAGCAGCGCACCUCCGAUCUGAGGAUGUUCCAGCACAUGUCCGAUCUAUCGGUUUCGGAGCAGAGAUCUCUCAUGUAUUUUUCAGUGUUGUCACCGGAAUCGGAGCCGUGUGA